CACCCAACAUCCGGUUUUGUUCCGUUGUCUUCAGGCUUGAGAAGCAUCAGGUUCAUGCUAGGCAUGGAAAAGCAUGAUCCGUCUGACAUAAGUGUGAUCGCGUAAUUUCGAUUUCGCGUAUUCCAUAGAAAUGUCGCGACUGUAGAAUGAAUACUGUCACUUGAUUCGUGUUUAAGUGUAAUUUUGUGUCUAAACCACAAGGCUUCAGAAGUUUACAAAGACGUUACGGAGCGCGGUGUCACCACCAACACAGGAGGAGUUGUCUCCUGUGGUUGUAUUCUGUCUGCUAAUAAAACUUAGUACGACGACUGCCCAGCACCAGUAAGUGCCAAGAAACAAAUGCCAUCCAGAAAUCAUCUUGAUAAAAUUGGGAGGAGGAAGAAGAAGAAAUGGACAGAGGAGGCCAUGGAACGUGCGCUGGUCGAGGUGAAGUCUGGGAGAUGCACCGUGAGACAGGCUGCCAAGGACUUUGGGGUUCCUAAAUCUUCACUGGGGGAUAGAGUCAGUGGGCGGGUGACGCCAGGGAGUCGCAGCGGGCCAGCUCAGCUUAUAACCGCUGCUGAUGAGGAGCUGUUAGUGGAGUUUUCCUUAUACAUGUCCAAGCAUGGAUUCCCACUUACUAAACAGCAGCUGGUGUCCUUUGCCUCAUCCAUUUAUAAGCGGCAGCACCGUAGGGUGGCAUUUUCCAAACUGGGCCAGACCUGGUGGCUGAAUUUCCGGAAACGGCAGGAGAAGAACAUUAGCAUUCAGCCAGCAGACAGUGUUGUCCGUGGGAGGACAGUAUGUGUGAGGAAGGAAGCAGUGGAUCACUUUUUUCAUUUACUGAACAAUGUCAUGGACACUCAUGGGCUCAGAGACAAGCCUCACCACAUCUUCAACUGUAAUGAGACAGGCUUUCAGCUGGGUAGGAAAAGGGUGAAUCUCCCAAAAUCUGCCAGCCUGGGCUAUAAGGCAGCACCAGGCUCAAGAGACCACAUCUCCAUCCUGGCUUGCUUUAGCGCCACUGGUAAUGACAUUCCACCUUAUAUUAUUUACUCAAAGGCCUAUCCAGGGGGAGUAUGUUACAAGACACAAGGGCCGCCAAAUGCCCUCUAUGGAUGGUCAGACUCGGGAUGUAUCAACUCUGACCUCUUUAAGAAGUGGUUCCUCAAACAUUUUCUUGUACAUGUGGGUAAAGAGCGUCCACUGCUGCUGAUUUUUGAUGGCCACAAGUCGCCUGUGAACCUCGAGGUGGUGGAGGCAGCUCGUAAUGAGGACGUCAUCCUCCUGUGCCUUCCAUCUCAUUGCUCUCACAUCCUGCAGCCGCUCGACACAGGUCUCUUUGUGCUCCUGAAGCAGCGUUUUGCAGCACUCAUAGGUGACGGUUGUGCCACUGAUACUCAUUUUGCAGUAAGCAAAAAGGAGUUCUCAGGUGUAUUUAAAGAGACAUAUCAGGUAGCGAAGGAAGAGGAGGGUGUUCAGAUUGUCAGGGAAGGCUUUAGAAAAUGUGGCAUCUACCCACUGAACCACUUUGCCAUCAGUGAUGGUAAUUUAAUGCCAUCGCACAACAUGGGCCCAGUGGCUGGACCCACCUUGUCCACAGCAGCACAGGUGUUGCACACUGUCGGAGACCUAACAGGUGCUGAACCAACCUCGUAAUUCAUUACUACUCAUGCCUGUCAUCAGCACUUUUGAGUGAUUGACUCCAUCAUUCAACAAGAUCUGAAUGAACACAGACUAGUUCUGUCAUUUGAAAUACUGAAUGGUUUUCCACUCUCUUUCUUGAGUAUCGUGCACCACCUCCCCCAGGCUCCCUGCGGAGCGCUCUGUUUGCCAGGCCACAAAGAACAAAGGGCUGUGUUAGUUUUAAUCACUUGUCAAUAUUGUGCUGAGAUUUAGUGACUGAGUAAUAUUUGAAUGUUGCACAACAGUGUAUUCCCAUUCUGUGGGGGGUCCAAGAUAAAUCUAGAAGUGUCAAAGAAUUUCAAAUAUGGGCUUUGUUUUUCUGAGUAUUCUCUGAUUGUUGCUUGUCCUUGUUGAAGUAUUGGAUGCUUUCUCUUCUUCUGGCAUCAAAAUCCCUCACAUUAAACUCAAGGAGAAGGAAAAAAUGCGGUUUGGUUGAAUUGCUCAUGUCCGCAUAAAGAGCUGACGUAACACAAGAAUGUUCAGGUUUUGUUCCAGAAGUGAGAGAGCAUUCAAAAUCCUGUUUUCAUUUCAUAAUAACUAAAAAUCCUGCCUUGGAACAGUUUUUCUGAACAGUAUGUGUUGUGGCUUGCUUUGUGUAUUAGAUAAGUACAGUAGGGUUUAUUUUUUAAACAAUCUAUUAUUGUUGUUUAUUCAGUACUUUAAACUUUUAGUAGCCUUUCCCACCAUUUCCCAUAAGCCCUAGAUGUUUGUGGGCUGAACGUCACAGAAGAGGUGAGUCCAUGAGUGAGCUGAGGUCACGGUUAGUUCAGACGUCAGCAGUACAGAGAGGUCCUGGUAAGUUUUUGGACAACAGAGAAGCUAAGACACUUCAAGACUGACUUUAGAAGAGGGUGUUGGUGAGUUUUAUGGAUGAAAUGAACUUGUGAAGCUAUUAAGUACCUGUACUGUUGCACUGAUAGUUUUUUCUGAUGGAAGUGUAGUUUUUUUUUUCCUCUCUAUGCUCACAACUUUAAGUUGCAGUGAAAUGUAAACCCCAGGAACGUGCUUCCUUUUGUUACAAAGACAUGAAAGAAUGAGAGAUCGCACUGAGUCACCGGAGCUAGUGGAACAGAGGCUAGCCGGGACCUGAUGGCAGGACUUUGACUCUGUCUUAAGGCCUGUGACAAGGUGUCAGAAGUAAAUGUCACAACCCAAACCGGUUGAAAACUACCGCUCUACAACAACUGUCAUUUUUCUUUUAUGAGAUCGGCGCCAUGCCAGCUGGUUAACGUAGCUUCCAUCAAGCAGUAUGAACAGACAUAGUGCUGUGCUUGAUUUCAGUCACAGUGGAUCCUUGACAGUCAGCUGGUUCGCCUUAAUGUUCUCAACAUGCUUACAAAGAUACAAGGACAGAUCAGAUCCUUACAGAAGACAUACAAACUAGAUCGCUUCAUAAAACUUAGCGCUCCUUUGUGUUGUUCAAGCCUGCUGUGAAACAAACUACAAAAGGCUUUUCUUUUUUUUAAAUGCUGACAGAAAGGAAACAAUAACAUCUGAAACUGCUAAUUCAGUUUAGUUGUGAAUCUUUUUUUACUUUGAGUAAUCUGAAUGAGAUUAGAAAAUGAUGAAUGUACCAUACUCUUUCAAAUAUUUAGGAACUACUGAGGAAAUUGAGCCCUUGUAUUAAUUUUGGGAGGAGUGUCUUAUUCAUUAUAAUAUUCAAAUAUGUCAUGUUUUCUAUUUUCUCAGUAGAACGGUACAGUAUGACCUCAGGUAGGAAAUUCAGAAUAAAGGUAUUUUUUGAAAUACUUUGCAGCAGAAAUGUCUUUAUACUCUUAAUAAUUUACUAAAGGGGGCUGUAGUUGUGUGUGUUAAAGUCAGGUGAUGCAACAGCAGCGCAAUAGGUGCAACUGGCAACAAUAGCCAUGCAGGAAACACUACUCCUCUAUGUCUUAAUAAUUAUAAUUACUGUGUAAAAGUCAAUGAAUGUUUCAGAACACUUUUACAGUGUAUUUAAACUAAGUAACUGUGAAUACGACUUAUUCAUUUAUAAGUACUAUUUUACAGGGACUGUGAUUAUGUGUGCUCAGCAGUGAGAUAGAUUUAACACCAUUGUUAUGAUCACUAAAAGGUAGGGCUGGUAAAAUAUUUGUACAACUCAGACUGGGGAUUUAUAUUGUAAUAAUUUUCAUUAGAAAGCUUUUGGCAUUAAAUGGCAAAUAUCCAGGUGUUAAAGCAGUCCCUGUGUGCCUUGAAGGGAAGUAUGCUGGUAAGGUUUUUAUUCAGAUGAAUGCCUCGGUAACCAGAAGCGUAGGUCAGCCUGCAGUGUGCUGUAGAUCUUUAUGGAUGCAGCAGAGCUCAAUUAAUGCCUGUGUUAAUAUUACAGAUGGUGAUUUGCGCCUGAAGCCUGAAACAUUUUAAAUUAUUCACUGACAGUCAAAGGACACGGUCAGUUUCUCUUAUCCAAAUGCAGUCCCAGCAACACGUUUUUAAAAAUUUCUUUACUGCAUUUGUCCAUCCAAAAAAUUUUGUUUUUGCACUGCUUACUCUUGGUCCAGUGGAUUGUGAAGAAAGAGAGUAGUGGUGUUAAAGAAGCUUAGUAAUUUGUUUCUUAACACUAAGAUAUAAGCAUUUACACUCACCAGCCACUUUAUUAGGUACACCUG